ACGAUUGUUAUUAAUCAGCUUUUAAAUACUGAUGCGAAUAUUUGGAAUUCAAACAAUGAAAAAAGAAAUAAUGUGAGAGAAUUGGUUGGGUCCCAGGCUAAUUUACCAAACAUAUUUUUUGCUACGAAUAUGCCUCGAAUUCGACGUUUCCACAAACGGAAAAGGAAGGAGAACUUCUGGUGGACGCUGCAGCAGCCAGAAAAUGAUGAGUGCUACAUCGAAGCUUUCCGUAUGAGUAAAAAAUCGUUCCUACUGCUUUGCGAAAAACUAGAGUGCUUUCUUAAAAACGAUUGUGUGCCAUGUAUCACUCCACCCCUUGCUAUAGAGAAGCAAGUAGCCAUUUGUUUAUAUAAAUUGGCUUCCUGUGGAGAAUACCGAGUUAUUGGUGAUGUCUUUGGUGUGCACAAAAGCACUGUUCACAAAUAUUUUCACCUCGUCGUGAACGCGUUAAUUCAGCUAAAAACAGAGUUUAUCAAGUUUCCACAGGUGGGAGAUGCGUUAUUAAUUGCAAGUGAAUUUGAGAAAAAAUCGCAUAUACCAAACAUUAUUGGCGCUAUCGAUGGAACCCACAUACCGAUCUUGCCACCAAGUCAAGGAUACCUAGAUUAUAUUAAUAGAAAGGGGUGGCCUUCCAUCGUAAUGCAAGGAGUGGUGGAUAGCAACUACAUGUUCACAGAUGUCAGCGUUAAGUUACCUGGAAGCACUCAUGACGCGACGGUUUUUAAGGAGUCGGGAUUGUUUAAAAACUCAUCGACAUUAAUUCCGAGGCAUACAAAAUUAAUAAAUGGUGUUGAAACGCCACUAUUUCUUAUUGGAGAUCCUGCGUAUCCACUUCUUCCCUGGUUAAUAAAACCAUACACCGGAAGUUUGAAUGCAGCCGAAGAAUCUUUUAAUUGCCACUUGAGUUCUGCCCGAAUAGUCGUCGAAAAUGCUUUUGGUCGACUUAAAGGUCGUUGGCGAUGCCUAACUAAAAGAAUUGAUGUGAAUCCUACUUUCGUUCCGCAAGUUGUCUUAGCUUGUGCUAUAUUACAUAAUUUUGUUGAACAACAGAAAGAAUCCUAUUUAGAAACGUGGGCACAAUCAGCUCUAAAUAUAAGAGAAUUUCCGCAGCCUCAAGACACCCUUUCUAGUGAAAUAAUUUUUGAUGACAAUGUUGACCCUAAGCAUUUGCGAAACAAUUUGAAAAAUUUUUUAAAAGACAAUUUUCCUUUGAAAACCACUUAUUUUAAUUACUGACUACCAAACUCAAAAAGACUAAUUAUAUAGCUUUAGUAAGAAGCAAUUAUAAUUAAAAGCUAUCAUAAUUCUUUACCACUGAUCAAAAUAAUAGCACCUAGACAUUUUGACCAGUUCUGACUAUUUUUCUUUUGUUUGCUUAACGUUCGCCGAUUUUUCAGAAAAUUAUAGCGCAUUAUAUGACAAAAGCCAUAUAACUCCAAACUUCAGUUUUUUAUACAGAGCUUAGAAAAAUUCAACAAAUUUUCAUUAAAAUUUUGAACUUUUAUUCUGAAUUUCUAGAAAAUUUUUGGG